AUGCGCUAUAAAAAGGAAGACUUGGAGAGAGUCAGUCAGUCGGGCAGCGCGCAGCGCAGACGAGAGCAGCCGGAGGCUUUCAUUCAGGGGUCCUUAAGACGGGCCGCCCUCGCCGCACCGCGCGACCCCUCCGCAAAACCGUACGACCACCCGCACUGUGCUCACCUGCUACGACUCCCCCUCAACCGCUACGACGGUCCCGCACCGCUAACGACAUCCCCGCGACCGCUACGACUGUCCCCGGCACCUGCUAACGACUCCCCGCAGCACACUAAGCGCACCGACGACGUCCCCCAGCCGCUCGCCGCUCACUACGCCCCCGCUCCGCUACUACGGGGGCCAGGCACCUGCUCGCCGCUACGACUCCCCGCUCCGCUAACGACUCCCUGGGGGGGCCACCCGACGCGCAUUCGACACCGACCGUACCGCGACGACGCCCCGCACCCGCUACGACUCCCUCCGCGAGCGCUAUACGCCUCCACCCUGAUCACUACUACUCCCCGCACCGCUACAUACCCCGUACCCGCGCCACUCGCCGCAACACUCUAG